GGGUGGCAGCCCUGUCUGUUGUUACGUCGCCGCCUGCAUUUUGCAGCUAACAAAUAAUAAACUUUAAUUAUUAAAUUAAAAUGUUGCCUUUAGCACGUGGCAUUUACAGUGGCUUGGCACAAAUUACGCGCACCAACCGUGUGGCCCUUCACACAGCCUGCGUGUUGAGAUGCAAAGCAGAAAAGUCAGCAGAAAGUGAAGAAACCUCCGGCAACGAAGAAAAGGAAGCCAACGCCGUUCCGGAUGCUAAGGACCGUACAAAACUUAUACCGGUGGAGACUUCCAUGCGCUAUUUAAAAAGCGCCGCCUACAAAACAACUUAUGGGGACGAUUAUGUAUGGACACAGUAUCGUCGCAACCACAAAGGCAUGUUUGCGCCGCGGAAGACGCGUAAAACAUGCAUACGGCAAGGGAAAAUCUCCACAGGAAACCCGUGUCCCAUAUGCCGUGAUGAGUAUCUGGUGCUGGAUUAUCGUAACACGGAGCUUCUGCAACAGUUCAUCUCUCCGUACAGUGGCGAGGUGUUGAGCUACUCCAAAACAGGCCUGUGCCAAAAGAGUCAUCUGCGUUUGACCGUCGCUGUGGAGCAGGCGCGUGAUUGUGGUCUGCUUACGUACAAUGUGCCCUUCAGGGAAUACGACUACAACGAAUAUUAUGGCAAAAAGGAUGAGCAGAAAAUGUAAAGAAACUUAUAAAUAUAUUGUUGCAGAAGUUUUAUUUUGUUAAAAUGA